AUGGGGAUUAGUUGUGAGUCAUCAACGAAGCUUCCAGGACGGAGAUUUGCUCUCAGUCGACAGCGGGGGACCUUCUCAGAGUCAGAAUCCACGAGGAGACCCCGUAAGAAACAACAGAAGAAGUUCCUAUGGCGGCGGCGGGAGAGAUUUCCUCGCAAACGACCCCAGAAGGGACUCGGGGACCCUACCCGACUUUGCGGCCGAGACACUAGGAGAGGCUCUGGCGAAGGCAGCAGCAGAACUGAGUAUGACAACAGAAGGGGAUCCAGAGGUAGCGCGGUGAGACCCGAGUUCAUUGUCAACAGCAGAAAGAGUUCUGGAGGCAGCAUCGGCCGACAAGAAUUCUCGAUCGAUUACAGAAGGGGUUCUGGAGGCAGCAGCGGCAACAGAAGUAGAUCACGCUGUAGCGAAGGAGAGGUAGAUUUCACAGCAUACAACAGGAGCAGUGCCGUCAGCGACAGCGAGAAAGGAAGCGCGUCCCUGAGCAGCAAAAGAGGGUCUCAGGUCGCCGUCGGUCGGGAAGCCGUCGCGGUCGACAUGAGAAGGGAUUCCCAGGGGCUCAGCAGGAAAGAGAGCGUGGUGGCAGGCAGUAUACGAGGCUCCCAGGGGUUCAGAUCCAAGGAGACCUCGGCGAUGGGGAGCCGCAGGGUUUCGCAAGAGGAGAAGGAGAAAGCGCAGCCCGAGUGGAAGGGCAGCGGCGGCGCGGCGCAAAACCUUAAGUACGAUGGCGACACGGUGAAAGAGGGGGCGGGUGAGCAGGGCGCGCCUCCGCCUGUGUCCAGACAUCUGAGCGACUCUUCCAUAGAUCUCACUCAGCGAAAUUAUCGAUAUUCGGACGAGAAUAUCACAAGGGUUCUGGACAUGCUUUAUCUGGGGAACAUCAAGGCUGCGUACUGCGAGCCGAUCCUGUGCCGCCUCAGCAUCGAGGGCAUCGUUGACCUCUCCAGCUUGCGCCCCUUCGAAGUCCCGGCGGAAAAGAAGUCCAUCUGCCCGUGCACGUGCCCCCUGCAGAUCGCGCACCACAGGUCAAGGUUAUGCAUCAACAUCGGCGUCACAGAAGGGCUGGACAUCACGCCCUACAUGUCGGAGGUCAACCGGUUCAUCGAGACGCUCAGGAGGAGGAAGAGGAACGUGCUGGUCCACUGCUACCAUGGAAGCAACCGCGGACCGGCCUUCGUCAUACAGUACCUAAUGUGUGUCCACCACCUGCCCCUCGCCACCUCGUACGCCCUGGUCAAGGCGGCGUCGAAGACCAAGGUGGUGCUACACAGAACCUUCCGAGUGGCGCUGCAGAACCUGGAGAAGGAGCUGUGGCCGUGCCGCCCACCUUCGAUGCUGUUCGAGAAGAGCGACGUGGUCACGCCCCCGGUCGUCGCGGCGCCCAAGCCGGCCAUGCCCCCCACGAGGAGCGCCUGGCAGUGAGCGGAGACAGCGGGGCCGGGGCUGCUGGCGAGGAGGCUCGAAGGGGCGAAUGAAAGGAAGCCGUGCCGCAAGUGGGAGGCGAAAGGGGAGGAAGAAAGAGGACCCUUUGUUUGAAAACGUCACUUGUUGUAGAGGGUGUUUACAUCUCAUGCUUCAUGUCGUAUCGAAAUGCAUGUUAAAAGACGUACUCCUGUUUAUCAAAUGAAUUGAUCUU